AUUGGUCUAUUAGCCGCCCCCCCCCUCUUCAAGUCGGGGUCGUUGGGCGGGCGACCCAUUGAUGAUCGCCACUGCGAGCGAGCGGGCGGGGUGGUUUCCUGCACCGAGGAGGCUGCAGACGAAUCGUCAGAGCCCGUAACAAGGUAGCGUGCUUACUCGCUCAUAGCCACUGUCAACGACGACCCUGGGUGCGACGACAGAAGCCGGCUCUCGCUGCUGCUGCUGCUGCGGGAGUUGUUGUUUAGUUUGCCAGACGAGCGAUCGGGCGAGCAUUCAAUGCGCCCCCAUCAGAAUCAGGUGCUCUCGUGCCGCGCAGCCCUGACAUGAUAUCGGCGGUCGGCCUCUGUUGUCGCUGCCACCGCCGCCGCUCCUCGUGAUGGCUGCUUCUUUCUCCUCGUCGUCGUUGGACCCGCUGGAUCUCGCACAGACGGCCCUCAAGCGGGUAGCCGACAUUGCCUCGUCGCUCGGCGUGCAGCACAGGCGGCCCGUGUGCGGGCGUCUCGGCGCCGAGCUCCUCCUGGCGGCGCAGUAUCUCGACACAGCCGCGGGCGUGCCAGCACAGGAGGAGCGGCUGCGGCUGCGCGUGACGAAGCUACUUAGAGAUCUCGCGACUAUUUGCUGCGUAAUGGCAUCGUCAGACGUCGACGCCGUCGUCCUCGGGCAACAACAACAACAACGAUGACGGGCAUGCGCUUCUGGACGCCAUAGUACGGCUGCCGCCCGGGUCGCUGCUGUAUAGGACGGCACUGGGGGAAAUUGGGAAAGGGCUUCUGCGGAUUACGUCGCAGACGGCCGAGGCCGAAAAGGCCAUCUUUCACAUCCAGAGGUUCACCAAGCGCGAUGGCACCCACAAACAGCAGCGGCGGCGGGAAGCCGCCGACAAUGAGUUCCCGGCGAAAAGGAGCACGCCGGCCGAGUAUCCCAACCACAUCAACAUGCUGGCCUACAAUGCCCUGCGGGAGCACAUGUGCUGUUCCUGUCACUGUGAUGGCGAGCACCUGACACGGCUGCUGCUGCGGCCGCCGCCGUUGCAAAACACCGCGCAUAAUGGUCACGUUCAAUUUGACAUGCUCUUCUCCGCACGAGCGUGGAAGGGAGCUGGAUCUGGUCAUUGGCAGGAUGUGCAGCUGUUGGUGCCGCGGGCGAAGAGGUCAAAAAAGCGAGCAAGAAUCCUCAGUCUCGAGAGCAAUGAUGAUAUCCAGCCGCUCCCAUCGCCGCCGGAGCCUCUGUCCGUCCGAGUUGACCACGGUCAGUUCUGCAAACUCAUCAGCUCAGAAACCAGGUCACGCGUCUGCCUCACCGUUCACGACGGCAAGCUGCACAAGACGGGCUUCGAUCACCUGAGGCAGAUCGUCCAGCACGCGCCCGGCAUCUCGCUCGCCAACCUGCUCAGGAUCCAUCACCUGUCAGCCAGGAUGAAAGUGACGCUGGCGUACAUUCUUGCACAGUCGGUCUGGCAGUACUACGAUUCGGACUGGAUGAAGACGGCGUGGACGAGCGAGACGAUACAGUUCAUCGAGGAGUGCGCCGGCGAACAAGGCGGGAUCUUUGCAUUUAAGCCCUACCUCUCCGUUCGCUUCGGCGACGAGGAGGACCCCCUAGCUGGCGAGCGCAGUACCAUCGACGGUGAGAUCCACCACUACCCGCGGGUUCGCGCCCUCGGGACCAUGCUGGUCGAGAUUGGAAUCGGCUCGCCGCUCCCUAUGAAUUAUUCGGCGCGCACCAUUUCGUCGUCGGUGGCGGCGGCCGUGAACGAGCAUCUGCUACAGGCCAUACAGCACUCGAAGAACGAGCGCCUCUGGAGAGACUGUGACUACCCCGACUACCUGGCCGCGGUCAGCAGCUGUUUGCACCCUUGCAUCUUCGGCUCCGCGACGUCCAUGCCGGCCGUUGGCGGCGAAGGAGAGGAGCCCUUUAUUCACGGCCUCAAGCGGCGAAGGGACAUUCUGUACGACAAGGUCGUCUUUCCGCUCGAGGAACUGCUCCAGAGGACUCGAUGGAUGGACCAAUUGACGUCAAUCAGCCCUCUCGAGACACCCACCGAGAGCGUCCCAGCACAUGGCGUCGUCGCUGAGCAGCUGCCGUCCCCCGCCAAAGAUGCAGAUGAUGCCGGUGCAGCUCCGCCGGCGCAGACGGAUCCGGAGAGCAAGAGAAAAGCUAGGCGCUGGCUCUUACAGAUGCGGCGGCUUAACCAUGAACUCGCAGCGGCGCAGGCGAAGCCGAUCAGCCCUGCGGCCCGCGUCCGGAUCGCUGUGCUCGAUACCGGCUGUGACGACAAUGCCGCCUUCUUCCUCCACUCGGAUCAUGGCUCUCGUCUCCAGGAGUGGAAGGACUGGGUCGACGAGUCGGAGCAGUGGCAGGAUCAACACGGGCAUGGAACUCACCUAGUAUCUCUGAUAAUGCAGAUCGCUCCGGACGCCCUCAUGUAUGUGGCUCGGGUGGCCAGGAGCCCCGAUGAACUUCUGGGCGCGAGCGACAACGUAGCCAAGGCUAUCUCGUGGGCGAGCAAGGAGUGGAGGGCCGAUAUCAUUUCCAUGUCGUUCGGAUACGCCGAGGAGCAGCGCAACAUCAGCAGGGCGAUCCGCGGGGCGCUAUACGAGCGCGACGAUGCCGUCCUCUUCUUCGCCGCGGCCUCCAACUAUGGCGCCAACGAGAGGGAAAUGUUCCCCGCCCGACACGACUCCGUCAUUUCGAUCCGCUGCACAAACUUCGACGGCGACUUUGAAGGAUUCAACCCCGCACGGAGCCAGGACGAGGAGACGGCCUUCGGCACGCUGGGUAUGGAUGUCCCGUCUUCGUGGCUGAGCACCCACCAUCAAGCAGAGGAGUACAAGUCUGGCUCCUCGGUCGCGGCGGCCGUCGCGGCGGCCAUGGCUGCGGGUCUUCUCGGAUACGCAGGGCUCAGGUCGGGAGGGUGUGCAUCCCUAAACGUGGCUGAGAAGCUCCGCACGCGCAAGGGAAUGUUAGCCGUAUUCAGGGCCCUGGCCACACCGACGCUGAAAGAGCGCUAUCUAUAUUUGGCGCCGUGGAAAUGGAUGGAAGGCUCCGAUGAGGUGCGAUGGGCGACACUGGUGGCGGCACUCUCUCGUGUCUGCUGACGAGCGAGGGAGUCACGAACGUCGUGGGUUUUCGCGUCCCUGUUCCGGCUCGGCCAGCAUAGGGCCGUCAUCCACGAGGUGAUUGAACCUAGUCUGAUAUAGACCAUGAUGGGAAAUAUGCGGUGGCAUAAUGACAAUGAAGUGAUUGAUUGCAGUACGAAUAACAAUAGAACGGAUAGGAUGGGGGAGUUAUACUGAUGGGGCC